AUGACGGCCUGGUGCGCGACGGCGCUUCUGAUGCUCCUAAUCGCCGCCAAUCCGGCGGCGCCAGCGGGGAACGAGCGCCGGGAGGAGGAAGAGGAGUUCGGCGGCGGACGGGGACUGUUCUUGCUGGAGAAGUCAAAGCAGGUGGUAAAGACGGAGGCCGGAGAAGUGAAGGUGGUGAAGGGGUUCGGCUGGAAAGGCGGGCCCUCUCCAAUGCACCUCGGCUUCAUCUCCAUGGAGCCCAACAGCCUCUACGUCCCUCAGUACAUGGACUCCAGCUUGAUCCUCUUCGUCAGGAGAGGUAAUCCUCUCUCUCUCUCUCUCUCUCUCUCUCUCUCUCUGUGCCUCAGCUGUCAUGCAAACGUGGUGGAAAAUGAUGCGCAGGGGAGGCGAAGGUGGGAUGGAUCUACAAGGAUAGGUUGGUGGAGAAGCAGCUGAAGAUCGGAGAUAUCUACAGAAUCCCCGCAGGUUCGACCUUCUACAUAGCCAACACAGGGAGAGGCCAGCGGCUGCAGAUGAUCAGCAGCAUCGACACAUCGGAGAGCUUGGGGUACGGCGUGUUCCAGGUAAGUUCCCCCAUUGACUCUCUCUUUUACUCCUCUCUCUCUCCUCUCUCUCUCUCUCUCUCUAUAGCUAGAGGAUUCAUUAGCAUGAGCGCAUGCAAGUUCCUGUUCAUCAGUCGGCCGUUGAUCGGUGAAUUCCAUCACAGUCGUUCUUCAUCUCCGGAGGAUCCAAUCCCACGUCGGUUCUCGCCGGAUUCGACAGUCAUACUCUCGCGACGGCGUUCAAUGUAAGAAAUCAUCACAAAGACCAGUUCAAUUACGAGUUAAAGUUACGAUCUUACUGAAUUCGUGGUGAUUGGUGGCGCAAGAUCUCUUCCCACGAGCUGGAAGCACUGAUGAGGAGAGGGAGCGGCCCCAUCGUCUACACCAAGGGCGAGGCCUCCGAGCAAGGGAAGAGGUUAACCUUCAUGAUGCAGGCGACCCAAACUGGGGAAGAGGAAAAGGAAAACAAAGAUGGGGAGGGGGCAAAAACAUGCGCAUGGCGGAAGCUCCUGAACUUCGUCCUGUGGAAGAAAGAACGAGAACUCCCCGUCGCUGCCCCCCACGCCUACAACCUCUACCAGCGAACUCCCGACUUCAAGAACGACUACGGCUGGAGCAUCGCUGUCGGGGAAGACGACUACGCGCCGCUCAAGCACGCCCGCGCCGGCGUCUUCCUCGUCAACCUCACCGCCGGCGCGAUGAUGGCGCCGCACAUAAACCCCACCGCGGCGGAGUACGGCGUGGUGCUGAGCGGCGCCGGCAGCGUGCAGGUCGUCUUCCCCAACGGGUCCCUCGCCAUGAACGCCGAAGUAGCGGAGGGAGACGUCUUCUGGGUGCCGCGGUACUUCCCCUUCUGUCAGGUGGCCUCCCGGAGCGGUCCCAUGGAGUUCUUCGGCUUCACCACCUCCGCGAGGAAGAACCGCCCCCAGUUCCUCGUCGGCGCCGGCUCCGUCCUCCGCGCCAUGAUGGGGCCGGAGCUCGCCGCCGCGUUCGCCGCGGGAGAGGACCAUCUGCGGAAGAUCGCCGAGGCUCAAGGCGAAUCCACCAUCCUCCCGCCAUGGCCUCGCUCGGAGAGAAGCCCAGAGCUUUGGUCGCAGUAG